UGCCGGGCGGCCAUGCAGGCGCGCUACUCCGUGUCCAGCCCCAACUCCCUGGGCGUGGUGCCGUACCUCGGCGGGGAGCAGAGCUACUACCGAGCGGCGGCGGCGGCGGCCGGCGGGGGCUACGCGGCCAUGCCGGCCCCCAUGAGCGUGUAUUCGCACCCGGCCCACGAGCAGUACCCCGCCGGCAUGGCCCGCGCCUACGGGCCCUACACGCCGCCGCCGCAGCCCAAGGAUAUGGUGAAGCCGCCCUACAGCUACAUCGCGCUCAUCACCAUGGCCAUCCAGAACGCGCCCGAUAAGAAGAUCACCCUCAACGGGAUCUACCAGUUCAUCAUGGAGCGCUUCCCUUUCUACCGGGACAACAAGCAGGGCUGGCAAAACUCCAUCCGCCACAACCUGUCCCUCAACGAGUGCUUCGUCAAAGUGCCCCGCGACGACAAGAAGCCCGGCAAGGGCAGCUACUGGACGCUGGACCCCGAUUCCUACAACAUGUUCGAGAACGGCAGCUUCCUGCGCCGCCGCCGCCGCUUCAAGAAGAAGGACGCCGUCAAGGACAAGGAGGAGAAGGACCGCCUGCACCUCAAGGACCAUGCCCCGCCGCCGCCGCGCCCGCCGCCCACCGCCGCCACCGGCGCCGAGCCCGAGGGCGGGGGCCCUCCCGCGGCCGGGGCCGCUCCGCCGCCGGUGCGCAUCCAGGACAUCAAGACGGAGAACGGCACGGCCUCCCCGCCGCAGGCCGUGUCCCCGCCGGGCGCCGCGCCGCCGCUGGGCGCCGUGCCCAAGAUCGAGAGCCCCGACAGCAGCAGCAGCCUCUCGAGCGGCGGCAGCCCCCGCGGCGGAGCGCUCCCCGCCGCCCGCUCCCUCGGCAUGGAGGGCCCCGAGCCGCCUCCUCCACCUCCUCCACCUCCUCCUCCUCCCCCCCCUCCGCACCAUCACGGGCCGGGCUUCAGCGUGGACAACAUCAUGACCUCGCUGCGGGGCUCCCCGCAGGCGGCCGAGCUGGGCGCCGGCCUGCUGCCCCCCGCCGCCGCCGCCCCGCGCAGCUCGCUGCCGCCCGCCCUCUCGCUCGGCGCCUACUCCCCGGGCCACAGCUCCGCGGUAUACGGCUCGCCCUGCGGCCAGCCCGCUGCCGCCGCCGCCGGCUCCUACCACUGCAACAUGCAGGCCAUGAGCCUGUACGCGGCGGCGGGGGGCAACGAGCGGCCCGGCGGCCACCUGCCCGCAGCCAGCCCCGCCGAGGAACCGCUGCCCGACUACGCCAUGCCCGGAGGGGGCGGCGGCGGAGCGGCCAACGGCGGCGCGGGGAGCGGCGGCGGCCCCGGCGGCGGCGGCGGCGGCGGCGGCGGGGCAGGGGGCGGCCACCAGGAGGGGCACCACCCGCACCCGCACCCGCACCAGGGCCGCUUGGCUUCCUGGUACCUCAACCAGGCGGCUGCGGCGGCGGCGGCGGCGGCGGCGGCGGCGGGGGAGCUGGGCUACGCGGGGCCGCAACAGAGCUUCGCCGCCGGUCCGCGGGACGUCUUCGAAGCGCCGCGGAUGGGGCUCAGCGCCUCGCCCGGAGGCGGAGGAGGCGGCGGCAACGCGGGGAGCGGCGGAGGAGCGGGGGGCGGUGGCAGCUGUCAGAUGGCGUUCCCCGGCAGCCAGCCGCUGUACCGCGCCUCCGGGGCCUUCGUCUACGACUGCGGCAAGUUCUGAGCGCGGCCCGCCGCCCGCCGCCCGCGUGCGGGGCGGUGAGAGGACGGCGGUGCCCGCUCCCACUUGGAUGGUGCGGACCAAACGCCACAAAGUGUUUCCCCUUCCCCGAGAAGUGUCGUUAACACGGACUGAAACGCUGAUAUUUUUUUUUCACUCUAUAUAUAUAAAAAAAGGGAAACUGUAUUAAUCUUAUUCUAUCAAUAUUUUUUCCUGUUUUUUUUUUUUUCGUUGAAAAUAUCCCGAAGGUAUCGCGUUGUUUGUUUAUUAAUAAAUUACCGUUCAGUUGGAAUGACCCUGCCCACGUCUGCAUACUUUCACGCUUUGCUUUGAGAGGGGAAGAAAAGGGUUCCGUGGCUCCCGCGGGGCGACGGCACUGCGCGUCCCCUCCGCGCAAACCCCGGGCACCCCAGGUCCAAAAAUCCCAUUUCUGUCCCUUCCGCGCUGUGUUCCCCUCUCUCGGCUUGUCCCAUUCACUGGGAACAAAUUCCUCCCGGAGCAGCUCGGGGCUGGCGAGCAAACAGACGCGUUUUCUCCUCAAUAAAUGGCCGAUAACGGCGGUGCGGCCCCGGCCCGGUCCCUGCGCUGCUGUCGGUGCACGCACAUGGGGCGGCCCCUACGCGUUACCCCGAUGUUUGUAAGCGGGAUUUGAAUGUGGAUCUCUGUUUAAAGAAGGCUCGCGUAUUUAUUUCUAGAAACGCACCGCGUGUGUUUCUAAACCCCGCGGUGGAUCUUAGAUGGCUGAUAGUCUCUAAUGUGCGUUUUCUUAAGUGUGCCGUGGGCACAGAAAUCGCUGCUUUGCGCAGUUGGCAGAGGGGCCGCUCCUGUAGAGCAGCGCUUGAUCUCCGAAGAGAACGAAGCUCUGGGUCGCACUGCCGUGGCUCUGCCCGGCUCCUGUCCUUUGGGGACCUUUCCACUCCGCUGGGACGGCCCCACUGCUCCGCUGCGGAUCCGUUUAGGAAAAGUUGGAGGGGAGAA